AGCAGAGGAGGCAGCCAGGCAAUUCGAUCCCCACCGGAUUCGUCGCGGAAUCCUCCAGUUAUCGGCGCCGAAUCGAUCGGAGAUUGGAAGCCGGAUGCCGCGCCAAGCUGGGACGGUGUAAAGGCCGGUCCUUUCGCAAGCGCCGGAGAUGGCGGGCGGCGGGCGCGUGCGGUUCAACGUGGGCGGGCAGGUGUUCGAGACGACCACCACCACCCUCGCCAACGCCGGCCGCGACUCCAUGCUCGGCGCGCUGCUCGACUCCUCCUGGAACGUCUCCUCCUCGGGCGGCGGCGGGGUGGCCGAGUACUUCAUCGACCGCAACCCGGCGUGCUUCGCGGUGCUGCUCGACCUGCUCCGCACGGGCAGCCUCCACGUGCCGCCGCACCUCCCGGAGAAGCUGCUCUACCGCGAGGCGCUCUACUACGGCCUCCUCGACCACGUCCGCGCCGCGCGGUGGGGCGCCUUCGACGGGGACCGCCUCCGCCUCGCCGCGUCCGUGCCCGGGCGCGCCCCCGGGGACGGGACGGCCAUCCGCGCCGCGCCCGACGGCGGGUGCUGCGUCGCGCACGGCGGCGCUGUGCGCGUGUACAACUGGAUGCUCGACGAGCGCCGCCCGGUCUCGCUCGACCACUCGCAGGUCAACGACGCGGCAUACCUCGACGCCGGCACGCUCCUGAUCGCGGCCCGCGAGCGGCUCGGCAAGUGCGACGGCGGCAUGGCCGCGUUCUCCGCCGUCUCCGGCGAGCUCCGGCACCGCUUCCGCGUCGCGCACGACAGGCAGGUCAAGUCCUUCACCGCCGGCGCCCUGGCGUUCGACCAGGACUCGAGCCUCUUCGCCAGCUGCAAGGGCCGGCUCAACGAGUACGGCAUCGGCGUCUGGGACCGCGCCACCGGCGAGCAGGCCGACUUCUUCUACGAGCCCCCCGGCUGCGCCCUGGGCGACGCGGACAAGCUCCAGUGGCUGGACGCCACCAACGCGCUGAUGGUGGCCACGCUGUUCCCCAAGGCCGACAACUGUUUCAUCGGCCUGCUGGACUUCCGGGCCAAGAACGUGGCCUGGUCCUGGUCCGAGGCCGGCGCGGCCGCGUCGCUCGACGACAAGCGCGUGCUCCACGCCAUUGCCAUGGAGGACGAGCGCUCCGUCUGCGUGAUCAACCAGUACGACGACCUCGGGUUCCUGGACCUCCGGAGCGGCGCCGGCGGCUUGCGUUGGAGCUCCCGCAGCAAGCUGAUGAACCGGAAGGUGCCCGGCGAGGAGAGCUGCUACCCGAAGCUCGCCACGCACGGCGGGCAGCUCUUCUCGUCGAUGAACGACAGCAUCUCCGUGUUCAGCGGGCCCGAGUACGUGCUGACGUCGACGCUCCGGCGGAGCCACGGCGGCGCCAUCUGCGACUUCUCCAUCGGCGGCGACCGGCUCUUCGCCCUGCACAACGAGGAGAACGUGUUCGACGUCUGGGAGACGCCGCCGCCGCCGAUCAUCUGACCGCCGGUGGACUACGGCGUCUGCGUGUUUGCUGUGUACUUGUGACUUGAUCUGUACUGUACCCUUCGUCCUGCAACUUGCAAGUGCAAGUGCGCAAUUAACAGAGUGAAGAAAUACUCAGAACGGUUCUCACUAAGAUCAAAAGUUACUAAACUGAGCACAUUGUAACUUUUGAUCUUAGAGAAAUGGUUGAGGCUGUUCCUAAACUUUGUAACACAAAAAAUAGAUGAAUAUUCGUCUGCACUGAAUUUGCUUGCUCGUUGUAGCAAGUGUCA